GUCAGAUGCGGGACGUUAUCAAGCCUGUCUGGAGCAGUGCAAGUCGUGAUUUCUCGCCAUUACCAUUCCUUAACAGCAUCUCACGCCUAGUUCAAUGUACACAUCUCGUAUGAAUUAAACUGAGAUAGGACCCCAGUGCAGCACAGCCGCACGAUACACCUCCCACCGUACGUCACCUAUCCUCAGAAAGUUACGCACGGAGAGCCUUGAGCUUUUCUACUUCCAGUCUGACAUUCCUUUGAGAUACUGGGUUGGACACUAACCCCUUAACUCGUUACUGACUGAAGCAAAGAUGCUGCAUCAGGUGGGUGGCGUGCGUGUGGCUCUGGGCCUGCUGGUGGUCAGGAGGUCGUGCCUGACCUGUGUGUCCCGACCCGCCCACAGCUCCCCCAAGGCCCGCGAGUACAAGCCCAUCAAGAAGGUCAUGGUGGCCAACAGAGGUGAGAUUGCCAUCCGUGUGUUCCGGGCGUGCACGGAGCUGGGGAUCCGCACGGUGGCGGUGUACUCCGAGCAGGACACGGGGCAGAUGCACCGGCAGAAGGCGGACGAGGCCUACCUCAUCGGCAAGGGCCUGCCGCCCGUCGCCGCCUACCUGCACAUCCCCGACAUCAUCAAAGUGGCCAAGGAGAACAACGUGGACGCUAUCCACCCAGGUUACGGGUUCCUGUCGGAGCGGUCGGACUUCGCUCAGGCGUGUGCGGACGCUGGCGUCCGCUUCAUAGGCCCCGCCCCCGAAGUCGUACGCAAGAUGGGGGACAAGGUGGAGGCACGAGCCAUCGCCAUCCGCGCAGGUGUGCCGGUGGUGCCGGGUACGGACGCUCCCAUCUCGUGUCUGCAGCAGGCGCAGGAGUUCUCCAACACCUACGGGCUGCCAAUCAUCUUCAAGGCCGCCUACGGAGGAGGGGGGCGGGGCAUGAGGGUGGUGCGCGAGUACGAGGAGCUGGAGGAGAACUACCAGCGAGCGUACUCGGAGGCGUUGGCUGCGUUUGGAAAUGGCGCUCUGUUUGUGGAGAAGUUCAUCGAGAAGCCGCGUCACAUCGAAGUCCAGAUCCUGGGUGAUAAGUAUGGGAACGUGGUGCACCUGUACGAGCGCGACUGCUCCAUCCAGCGGCGGCACCAGAAGGUGGUGGAGAUCGCCCCCGCCGUGCAGCUGGACCCCCACCUCCGAGACCGCCUCACGGCCGACUCCGUCAACCUGGCAAAGCUGGUGAACUAUGAGAAUGCGGGCACGGUGGAGUUCCUGGUGGAUCGGCACGGGAAGCACUACUUCAUCGAGGUCAACUCUCGCCUGCAGGUGGAGCACACCGUCACCGAGCAGAUCACAGAUGUGGACCUGGUGCAUGCCCAGCUGCGUGUGUGUGAGGGCCGCAGUCUGCCAGAGCUGGGGAUCCGACAGGACAAGAUCCGGAUCAACGGUUCUGCCAUCCAGUGCCGGGUCACCACGGAGGAUCCGGCCCGCGGCUUCCAGCCCGACACGGGACGCCUGGAGGCAUCUCGCUGGAGAAGGUGUUUGACUACAGCGAGUACUGGGAGGUGGCGCGGGGGCUGUACGCCUGCUUCGACUGCACGGCCACCAUGAAGUCCGGCAACUCCGACGUCUACGAGAACGAGAUCCCCGGCGGCCAGUACACCAACCUGCACUUCCAGGCCCACAGCAUGGGGCUCGGACACAAGUUCAAGGAGGUCAAGAAGUCCUACGCAGAGGCCAACAAGCUGCUGGGGGACCUCAUCAAGGUGACCCCGUCCUCCAAGAUCGUGGGUGACCUGGCCCAGUUCAUGGUCCAGAACUCCCUGACGAGGGCCGAGGUGGAGGAGCGGGCGGACGAGCUGUCGUUCCCGCUCUCCGUGGUGGAGUUCCUGCAGGGACACAUCGGCAUCCCGCACGGAGGAUUCCCGGAACCCUUCAGGACCAAGGUGCUGAAGAAUCUGCCCCGUGUGGAGGGUCGCCCUGGUGCCUCUCUGCCCCCGAUGGACUUCGAGGCGAUGGACAAGCAGCUGCGCGAGGCGCACGAUGAUGACAUCACCCCCGAGGACGUGAUGUCGGCCGCCAUGUACCCCAAAGUGUUCCAGGAGUUCCGUGAGUUCACCAAGACCUUCGGGCCCGUGGACUGCCUCAACACGCGCCUCUUCCUGGACGGACCCAAGAUCGCCGAGGAGUUCGAGGUGGAGUUGGAGAGGGGCAAGACGCUGCACAUCAAGGCUCUGGCGCUGGGGGACCUGAAUAAGGCCGGCCAGAGGGAGGUGUUCUUCGAGCUCAACGGCCAGCUGCGCUCCGUGCUGGUCAAGGAUACGGUGGCCAUGAAGGAGAUGCACUUCCACCCGAAGGCGCUGAAGGACGUGCGUGGGCAGGUGGGGGCGCCGAUGCCCGGCAAGGUGGUGGAGGUGCGGGUGAAGCAGGGCGACAUGGUGGAGAAGGGCCAGUCGCUCUGCGUGCUCAGCGCCAUGAAGAUGGAGACCGUGGUCAACUCGCCCAUCUCCGGCACCGUCGCCAAGAUCUACGUCAGCGGCGACUCCAGCCUGGAGGGAGACGACCUCAUCAUGGAGAUCACCGAGUAGA